AGGGACACCCAUUUCACUGGAAAGACCGCAGUUUAAGACCUUUUCAUGUUCUGUUUUCUUCUCAUCUUCAAGCUUCGUAUUUCUUCUUUCAAAGUAACAGAGAUUCAAAGCUUGGGAAAGCUUCGUUAAUGGCGGCUUCUGUUAGACUGAAAGCCAUGGUUUUGAUGUUUUAAACUCUCAAAGCUGAAGUAGCUUCAGGCUCCAUUUCUCUUCAUCUUCUUCAGCUUCUCUUAUUCUUUCUGCUUCAAGCUCGUCACUGAUCUUAAUAGACUUCAGAAGAGGAAACAAUGGUGGUAACAGAAUCAGAAAUGAUUUCACAUGAUGAAGUUGAACCGCCAUUACAGUCUGAACAACAGCUCAAGCACCAUGGAUUCACUUCCCUUGGAAGGCAGUCCUCCAUUUACUCGCUUACACUGGAUGAGUUCCAGCAUACUCUCUGUGAGAGUGGCAAGAAUUUUGGCUCCAUGAACAUGGAUGAGUUCCUCACCAGCAUUUGGACGGCGGAGGAAAACCAAGCAAUUAUCGCUAGCCAAUCGGGCACGACCAUCGUUGCUGCCGUGGCAGCGUUGAACAAUGCUCAGGCUCACUUGCCUGUGAGUGGAGCGUCGGUGGAGAAACGCAACAUAGAGAAGCAAGCAAGCCUACCUCGCCAAGGUUCACUUACACUUCCUGCACCCUUAUGUAGGAAAACUGUGGAUGAGGUUUGGUCUGAGAUACACAAGAGCCAGCAAGGGGGGAAUCAAAAUAGCAACAGUGAUAAUGCCAAUUCUCAGAAUCCAGAAUCUGCCACACGCCAACCGACGUUUGGGGAGAUGACAUUGGAGGAUUUUCUGAUCAAAGCUGGGGUUGUUCGAGAACCUUGUGUUGGGGUAGGAGUGUCGCAACCAUUGCCACCGCCUCAGCAAUAUGGUAUGUACCAGAAUAGCAACCACGCCAUUGGUGCUGGUUAUGUUUCCAGGCCUAUUAUGGGACUCAAUACAUCUGCAGCUGGUACUGGUGGUGGUAGUAAUGCCGGUGCCGGUGGCAUUACGACAUACCAACCAGUCCCCCAAGGUGGUUCUACUAUUGGAGAUACAUCAGGAUAUGCUAGCAAUGGUAAGAGAAACAGUGUGUUCUCAUCACAACCUCCACCUGCUGUUUGUUAUGGUGGAAGAGUGGUGAACGGUGGUGGAGGUGGCGGCGGGGGAGGAGGAUAUCCACCGGCUCAACCGAUGGGGUUGGCAGCACCUGUAAGUCCAGUGUCCCCAGAAGGAAUGUGCACGAAUCAGGUGGAUAGCUCAAAUCAAUUUGGGUUGGACUUAGGUGGGUUGAGAGGUAGGAAGAGAAUAAUUGAUGGGCCAGUUGAAAAAGUUGUGGAAAGAAGACAGAGAAGGAUGAUAAAGAAUAGAGAGUCUGCAGCAAGGUCUAGAGCUAGAAAACAGGCCUACACAGUAGAGUUGGAAGCAGAGUUGAACCAGUUAAGGGAGGAAAAUGCUCAUCUUAAGCAGGCCUUGGCGGAGCUUGAGAGGAAGAGAAAGCAUCAGGAGUUUGACCUGAUUGCCUCAAUGAUUAUGACACGUCUUCUAAAAUCAUGGAGUUGAGCUGCAUCUAUCCUUCAAAAGGUACCUUCUUUAUCUAACUUUGCUGUUACCCUUCAUUUUUGCAGUACUUGGAGGAAUCAAAGAAUGUUCACACGAAAGCACAAAGAGCCAAGGAAAAGCUUCGUGUUAUGAGGAGAGCUUUGAGUUGUCCAUUGUGAGAGAAAAUGUUCCAGAUGUUCCGGCCAUGCUAAUGGGAACAUGAAAUGCACUCAAGUAGUUAGCAGGAAAUUUCCAAAGGGCACAGAAAAACCUCUUGCCUACAGAAAAUCGAGAACUCAGCAUCUGAGGCAGCAAGAAUAUCUGUCAAGAAUUUGAGCUACUCGUCAUCUUUUCGUCUCAAAUCUUGCACGAAUGAAUGGCAUAGCAAUACAAGAUUAGACUCUGUUUUUUUAUGAAUUUGCCAAGGUUUUGUAAUGAAGUAGUUAGGCAUAAUCUGCACAAAAUCUGAUAAACGUUCAGGUCUUUGUAAGCUAUUAAAGAUUUCAAUAGAGAAUGAAUCAUCUUUACAGUAUCAUAAUUUA